GGGCCUAAAUCCUCUUAGGCUUUUUCUUAGCAUACUGACCCCCUACAUAUGGGCAAAAUAUAAGCAAAAUCGGCGUGAAUCACUUGGAACGGUUCCCUCGUUAGUAUAUUGAACAUAUAAAAGCAUUUUGAAGUCAACUACUACAAACAUAUAAAGCAUCCACAAAUUUCUGUGACAUACCGGUAGCAAAGUAUCGUCACUAGAUAUAUAUAUAUAUAUAUCCAAUGAACAUUCUAAGUAGAAACAUCAUUGAAUAUAGAGAAAUUUCUUUGAUGAAGUAAAUCUCUAAAUAUCAUCUUCAACAAAAUGUUUCAUCUAAGAUAAUUCGAUUGUUGAGAAAGAAAAAAAAUUGAUAAUUUUUAAUUUAGAUCAAGCAAUUUAUUGUGAUUCAACUGGUUCAUCAAUAUCAACACCUGAUGAUGACGAUCAUGAUGAGUCUUAUUUAUUUACGUUAGAAAAUCGUCAUGCUUAUUUUCUAUUUGUUUAUUUUAAUUUUUUCUUUGAUUGUUUUCUUGGCAUAGUAUCAUGUAUUUCACGUUUAUUUAAAUCAGGAAUUGCUCUUAUACUUUAUAUGCCAAGACUUGAUUAUAGUAUAUUUGGAAGAAGUUUAGAAAAAAUUGAUAAUGGUUAUACAGCAUAUACAUCAUAUCUUUAUGUUGAAGCCAUGCAUACACAUCCAAUUUUAAUAAAAUUUACACAAAUUAUUUAUAUGA